UUUCACUUGAAGAUGGACGUACAGUUCAAAAUGUCCGCGUGCAGGUCAAAGUAAAACCGGACGAUGUGACCUUCCUAUGACCCGUACACGCGGCGAGGGGUUUGGAAAACAGCGGGUGGAAGGAUGCGACACGAUCACGUGGCUACCAAAUCGAGAGCGGCUGAAGAAAAAAAGCGCGAUGGACGCGUCCGUUUAGGAUCGAAUUACACGCUUCCCAUCCCAAAGUCUCACUUCCCUAUCGGGGCCGUUCAAAUGCCCAAAGCCCUUGCACGCUGGGUCAGGAUCGACACGCAGGACAGGUUAAUUUUAGGAGUGACAAAAAUGGCAUCGUUGCAGAUCACGAGAGUGUUAAACGUCGUUAUUUUGAUCCUGCCUUGGAUAUAUGUUACCAAUGGUGCAUUUGGCAGUAAUGGAGACAGAAUUCUGCUAAAGGAUGUCUCGCUACUCAAAUUGUACAGUAAUAAAAUGACAACAGGUCGACGAUCCCCACCAGUUCCGCAGCUUAAAUGUGUUGGUGGUACUGCCUAUGGAUAUUUCGCCCCAGAUGCUGUCCAAUGUUAUAAUCGUGGAUCUGAUGGCAGUGACAUUCAGUGGGAAUGUCGUGCAACAAUGGACGGUGACUACAAAUUUGGCAAACUGGAUGUUUUAUGUGAGGGCUAUGACUACCCUUUUGAUCCCUAUGUGCUGAAAGGAUCAUGUGGUCUUGAGUAUGAAAUUGACUUCACCAAGGAAGGGGAGAUGCACCGAAAGCAGAGCCAGAGUUCACACAGGGAUGAUGGUUAUAGCAAGCAGCACAAUACUCAGUUUGGAGCACAGUCUGGGUCAGUCUUUGGUCAUUUGUUGUUCGUGGGAGGUGUUGCAGUAGUCAUCUACAUUGUUUACAAAACCUGUCUAUCAUCAAAUACAACAGAAACAAGGAGUGAUGAUUCUCACCGUUCAAGUGGUUUUAGGGAAGCCCUCAGCCACCACCAUAUGGCUUCAGGUCGGAAUACAUGCCUGGGCAAGAGUCCCGCUCAGACUUCAAAUGGGUUUACAAAUGCAGGAGGCAAUGCCUCCACUGGAGGCGGUUUCUGGACUGGUGCUGCAACCGGAGGAUUGCUGGGAUAUCUUUUUGGUCGCAACAAUGGCUACAACACCCACUAUUACCAACAACCCUAUGGUUUUCCUGGAAUACUCCGCGGCCUCGGUCCUUCUUUGGUGGAGAUAGUACAUGCAUGUCGAGUUGGUCUUACUAUGGCAGGGGUUCCAGCAGUGGUAGCACGAGCACGCAAACAGGCUUUGAAGGCACAAAGAGACGUUGAACGUUUUACCAGAGAGUGGGAUACAAGAGUUACGGGAUUUAAAGAGUGGGAUGAUGCCUUUAAAACACUUUGAUAGCAUUUUAGCAUUUAUUACAAAAAUGUUGGAAGUGGGGUGACUGCAAAGUUUUUAGUGGUAUUUGAAUGUACAUGCUGAAUGUUUACUGUCACAUAUAACAUGAUUGACUUGAAUCCUAAAAUCAGUUAUAUCAUGUUUGGUAAUCGGAUAAUAAUAAUAAUAAUUAUUUAUUUCUAUAGCCAUUAAAGGCAGGCUCAAUGCGCUUUACUAAAGAGAAAAACACAAACAUAAUAAGCGGAUGAGAUUAUCUGCUGAACUUGAGCUAACAUAACUAAGCUAAGGAAAUGAAACUGACCAGCUAACAUUCAUCAUGCAGAGUUUUUUAUUAUGGUUAGAAUCCGAGGAAUAAUCUGGGCAAAUUAAGAAAUUGGUAAAUAUUUUUUGUGUAAAUUAUUUUGUAAUAUAUGGUGUAGUAAAUUUGAAUGAAUAAAGUUAACCGGCAACGAUUCAA